AUGGCUCCGGAUACCCGCACCGACCGCGUCAAGAGGUUCUUCGGGAUCGACCCCGCCCUGGCUGUUGACGACUCGGCUUUCCACGCUGACGAUUCCUACGUCGAGGAGGAACCGAGUGUCGCCGAUGCCUUGCUCUACCUGUUCCCGACAAUACCUGGAACCGUCGCAUAUCUCAAGGAGCUGUUCCCAUUCGUCGGGUGGAUCUUCCACUAUAACCUAACAUGGCUACUGGGUGAUUUCAUCGCCGGCGUCACGGUGGGCUUCGUCGUCGUGCCGCAGGGUAUGGCCUACGCCAAGCUCGCAAACUUGCCUCCCGAGUUUGGUCUUUACACGUCUUUCGUCGGUUUCAUUCUGUACUGGGCCUUCGCGACGUCUAAGGACAUUACCAUUGGCGCGGUGGCUGUCAUGUCCACCAUUGUUGGGAAUAUCGUCAUCAACGUGCAAAGUUCACACCCAGACCUCGCCGCCGAGACCAUCGCCCGAAGUCUUGCCCUCAUCUCCGGUAUCGUCCUCUUGUUCUUGGGUUUGAUCAGGUUCGGCUUCCUCGUCGAGUUUAUCUCAUUAGUCGCUAUCGGCUCUUUCAUGACGGGCUCAGCCAUCAGCAUCGCCUCGGGCCAGGUCCCCGGCCUAUUGGGUAUCUCCGAUGUCAACACGCGCCAGCCAACCUACCUCGUCAUUAUCGACACCCUUAAGGGUUUGCCUAGGACUAAAUUGGACGCUGCCAUGGGGCUGUCUGCUUUGUUCGGCCUCUACUUUAUCCGUUGGUUUUGUAAUUACAUGGGUAGGAAAAACCCCCGCCGCCAAAAGAUGUGGUUUUUUCUCUCAACCCUACGCAUGGCCUUUAUCGUUAUCCUUUAUAUCCUUGUCAGUUGGUUAGCCAACCGUACGGUCACCGACCCGAAAAAGGCCAAAUUCAAGAUCCUCGGACCAGUCCCGAGUGGCUUCCAACACGUCGGUGCCCCUGAACUCAACAUCGAAAUUCUACAGGCUCUCGGCCCUGACAUUCCGAUGACCAUCUUGGUUCUUCUGAUUGAACAUAUAUCCAUCUCCAAGUCGUUUGGCCGCGUCAACAACUACAUUAUCAACCCCUCUCAAGAGCUUGUUGCUAUCGGCUUCACCAACGUUUUUGGUCCCUUCCUCGGCGGAUAUCCCGCUACCGGGUCCUUCUCACGGACAGCUAUCAAGUCGAAAGCCGGGGUCAGGACCCCUCUCGCCGGCAUUUUUACCGCCAUCAUUGUCCUCUUGGCUCUAUACGCAUUGACAUCCGUCUUCUUCUACAUCCCAUCUGCCGGGCUCUGCGCCAUCAUCAUCCAUGCGGUUGGCGACCUUAUCUCUCCCCCAAGGGAAGUCUACCAGUACUGGCAAACCUCCCCACUCGAAUUUGUCAUCUUCUUCGCAGGUGUUUUCGUGUCCAUUUUCACUUCAAUUGAGAAUGGUAUCUACGUCACCGUCGGCGCAUCGGCCGCCGUCUUACUCUUCCGCAUCGCAAAAAGCCCCGGUCGGUUCCUCGGCAAGGUGAAUGUGCAAACCGUCACGCGGGACAGCGUCCGGGGCGGUGCCGCUUAUACUGGGGAGAGUGCUGUUGAGAGAGGCCACACCGCCUUCCUCGAUAUCAAUCGAAAUGACGUGUCGAACCCGGAAAUUAACAUGAAAUCCCCUUACCCCGGAGUGUUCGUCUACCGUUUUGGUGAGGGCCUGAACUACAUCAACUCUGCUCGGCACCUUGAUCACCUCACCAUCUAUAUCUUCAAGCAUACGCGCCGCACCCAGCUUAACAAGUACGACAAAAUUGGCGACCGCCCGUGGAACGACCCCGGCCCCCGUCGCGGACAAGCCACCGAUACUGAAGAGAUUGCCGCACGCCCCACCCUACGCGCCGUCAUUCUCGAUUUCACUGGCGUCAACGCCCUCGACGUGACCGCAGCCCAGGCGCUCAUCGACCUACGUAACCAGUUCAACCGCUACGCCGCCCCAGACCAUGUCGAGUGGCAUUUUGCGGGUGUCUCCAACCGCUGGACCAAGCGCGCGCUCGUCGCGAGCGGGUUCGGCACCGACAGCAGGCGCAACCGUGUCAUUGUCGGUUCCGCGCCCUCAAGUGACGACAAGAGUGAACUGGAGCCGCUGAUUGGUGCUGCCGAAACUGGUGGUGACUGGUCGAGAGCCGGUGGGAGCCUAAAGGGGGCUGAGACCAGCUCCAAGGCGAGAGAAGUCGACAUCGAGGCUGCUGGCGCCGAUGCCGAGGUGUCUCGUGUUUCGUCGAAGAAUGUUGGUGGGAGGAGGCUGGUGCCGAUCUAUGGGGUGAACAGGCCAUUUUUCCACAUCGAUAUCGAGACAGCGGUAGCGAGCACGGUUCAAAACCUGCAGGGGAGGGGGUCGGAGUGGAGCGGGCGGGAAUAG